CACAAACCUACGAAUAUAUACAAUUCGCAGAUUUAUCGGGAUAUAAACAAACGAAAGAAACGAUUUUUAGUACAAAAUAUACAAGAAGUGAACAAGUAUUGAAGGGCUGUCGAACAGAUACGAAAUAGAAUUGGAAGACAUAUAGAGAAGAGGAAAAGCGGAUUUUUUGGCACUAAAUGCAAGAAAGCAAUUAAAUAACGUGAAUUAAAGGUUUUUAAAAAAGAAUUAUUGAAAACUUACUUUAGGAAACGAACGGAUUGAGACGCAAUGGGACAAGGGAGUAGUAAACAUAGUGAUCACCGAUUGGAUUCCUACCCUUCCUUUAGUCGAUCAGAUACGCAAGGUUCAAUUCGAUCCUUCAAAUCUCUAAAGACAGCUUUGCGGAAAGAUAAAGAUUCAAAUCAUGAUCGAAGAACGUCUACUGAUACCACCAACAGCCGCCAUAAGUUUCCAGAAACACCGCCUAGUCUUCCUCCUCCGCCAUCGCCAGGCAUUCUAGCUACUUCUGGUUCGAGCUCCAACUUACAUCGACAAGACCAAGAAGAAUUGGCCGCUGCUGGAAUGAGCUCUACUCAAUCGCCUACAGGUACUUCGCCUUCAAGUAAUCUUAGCCCCAGGGGCAUGUCAAGCAAUCGGUCUCUUUCACCACCACCGCCUUCUUCAAUGGCUUCUCCUGGGUCCUAUGACUCGAAUCAUGAUACAAUUACGGACCCAUCGGCACCCACUCCUGGUUACCUUCACUACGAUCCACAGGGCCCGGUUGUAAUACCGAAUUCUGCUUUAUCGGCGAUGAACCCAGAUGAUCCUGAUGCAUUGGUGAGUUUAAAUGUGGACGAAAUGAUUCAGCGGCUCAUUCAUGCCGGGUACUCUCGAAAGAGUAGCAAAAGUGUCUGCCUUAAAAACGCUGAAAUCGUUAGUAUUUGCACGGCUGUGAGGGAGAUUUUCCUUUCACAACCCACUUUUCUAGAACUCAUGCCACCUGUUAAAAUCGUUGGUGAUGUCCAUGGACAGUAUUCAGACUUAAUUCGAUUAUUUGAAAUGUGUGGAUUUCCUCCGAGCUCUAACUAUUUAUUCCUUGGUGACUACGUUGAUCGUGGUAAACAAAGUCUGGAAACGAUUUUACUCCUUUUUUUAUAUAAGAUUCGAUAUCCCGAAAAUUUCUUUCUCCUUCGUGGAAAUCAUGAAUGUGCUAAUAUUACUCGUGUUUACGGAUUCUACGAUGAAUGUAAACGACGUUGCAAUAUUAAAAUCUGGAAGACGUUUAUUAACACCUUCAAUUGCCUACCUAUUGCUUCCGUAGUCGCUGGCAAGAUUUUUUGUGUCCAUGGAGGCCUGUCUCCUGCGUUAAGUUCUAUGGAUGACAUUAAGGAGAUCACUCGGCCCACUGAUGUUCCUGAUUAUGGUUUAUUGAAUGACUUGCUAUGGUCUGACCCUGCAGACCUAGAAAAUGAUUGGGAAGAUAAUGAACGAGGCGUUUCGUUUGUUUUUAACAAAAAUGUAAUUCGGCAAUUUUUGGCAAGGCAUGAUUUCGAUUUAAUUUGUCGUGCGCAUAUGGUAGUUGAAGAUGGUUAUGAAUUUUUUAAUGAGAGGACGUUAUGUACGGUUUUUUCUGCCCCCAACUAUUGUGGAGAAUUCGAUAAUUGGGGUGCUGUCAUGAGUGUUAAUUCUGAGCUUCUUUGCUCUUUCGAACUUAUCAAACCAUUGGAUCAGGCUGCCAUUAGGCGGGAAUUGAAAAAGAGUAAACGCAGUGGUAUGGCUGUUUACCAAUCACCUCCUGCUGAGCAGGUUACGCAAAGUGUCUGAGUUAUUUCUUGUCAUGCAUUAUUAUAAAUUUUGUCCCUUGGAAGAGAGAUUUAUUCAUUCUUAGGAGUAUACAUUUGCACUUCGUAUGGUAACUCUUUUUCCUGAGGAUCAUUUCUUAUUCUUUUCUCUUUUUUUAUUUUAAUGGAAAUUAAUUGCGACUUCGAUAAUAGGAGCUGUCAAUGUAACGGUUUCAUCAAGAAGACACUUUUUUCUCUGCAUUCCCUCAAUGGUUCACUGAUAGAUCUUUGAAAAACGAAUUUAUUUAUAAAAACUGUUAUUUCUCAUUGUCUAGCUAUCUUUUUGAUUUUCUUAUUUUUCAAGUUUAUUGUAAAAUAAGUUAUAGUUAACUCUGAUUGCUAUGAAGUAUUGUUCCCUGUCCUGGGGGAAUUACAUGAUGAAAUGAAAUUAAUUAAAUGUA